CUGCACGCCUCUGUUUGUGUGCGUGUCUUUUUUUUUUCCUCACUCGCGCACGCUUAGUUCGAGAGUCAUGAGAGCCAGGCUACUUUUUAAUUUCGUUCUGACCGCACUGCAAUCCUCCGCGAUGCCAGUGCCACUACUGUACUCCUGCCUCGGCUGAGGCGGGCAGCGAGAGACAGCGCGGAGGAGGAGAGGAGGAUGUGGGUGAGGAGGAGGCUGUGAAGCCGCCACGGUCGCCGCCCGAAACCAAAUGCUUCUCCAGGGAGCCCGCGAUGCGAUGGGAUGGGGCUCCGGACCAUGAUGGGUCGGAUUUCCAUAGGAUGCUACCUGAGAUGUGGCAUCCUCGUGCUUUUUGCCUCGCGAGUCCAGGCUACCUCGGCGAGAGGGUCCAGGGGCGAGGCCCUCCAGUCCGGGACCCUGCCCCGCUUCCUGCAGGAGCCCGACGACGCCUACAUCAUCAAGAGCCACCCCAUCAAGCUGCGCUGCCGGGCCCAGCCCGCACUGCAGAUCUUCUUCAAGUGCAACGGGGAAUGGGUCCAUCAGAGCCAGCACCUGGCCCAGGAGCACACCGACCUGGGCACCGGGGUGAAGUUCCGCGAGGUCCUGAUUAACGUGUCGCGGCAGCAGGUGGAGGACUUCCACGGGCCCGAGGACUACUGGUGUCUGUGUGUCGCCUGGAGCCACCUGGGGACGUCCAAGAGCCGCAAGGCCAGCGUCCGCAUCGCAUACCUGAGGAAGAACUUUGAGCAGGACCCCCAGGGCACCGAGGUGCCUCUUAAGGGCAUGAUCGUGCUGCACUGCCGGCCCCCAGAGGGCGUGCCAUUGGCCGAGGUAGCCUGGCUGAAGAACGACGAACCGCUGGACACGGACGCUAAGGUCGGCUCGAGAGCCGACCACAACCUCAUCAUCUCUGAUGCCCGCCUGUCUGACUCGGGCAACUACACCUGCCUGGCGAGCAACAUCGUUGCCAAGCGGCGCAGCGCCAACGCCGCCGUGGUCGUUUACGUGAACGGCGGCUGGUCUCUGUGGACCGACUGGUCGCUGUGUAACGUGCGCUGUGGGCGGGGCUUGCAGAAGCGCUCGCGCACCUGCACCAACCCGGCGCCACUCAACGGGGGGGCCUUCUGCGAGGGCAUGUCGGUGCAGAAGAGCACCUGCAGCACACUCUGUCCAGUGGACGGCGGCUGGGGCCCGUGGAGCCUGUGGACGGCGUGCGGCGUGGACUGCGGGCGCCAGCGGAGCCGGGACUGCGCCGAGCCCGAGCCGCGGCACGGGGGCCGGCCCUGCGACGGCCCCGGGCUGGGGGCCGACAACUGCACCGGGGGCCUCUGCAUACAGAAUGGAAAGCUGCUUCAUGACAUCAAGCCACAAGAGGUGGAGAGCAGCAGUGACGUGGUGCUGUACUCUGGGCUGAGUGCGGGGGUCCUGACGGUGGUGGUCCUGAUCGUGGUGGUCACUCUGUACCGGAGGAGCCACAGCGAGUACGGCGUGGACGUCAUCGACUCCUCCGCCCUCACCGGCGGCUUCCAGUCCUUCACCUACAAGACGUCCCACCAAGGAAACCCCCUGCUGAUCAACUCGUCCAUGCAGCCUGACCUGAGCGGGUCGCGGACCUACACCAGCCCCAUGUGCUUUCAGGACUCCAUGGACAAGGAGCUGAUGGCCGACCACUCCCUGCUGGACCCGCUGCCCGACAUCAUGGUCAAAGGGAGAGGGGAGAGGGCCGAGUACCCGAUGAUGUCCCAUCCCAGGACCUUCCCGCGGGGCGUGGCGCCGGACUACCAGGGCGUGGGCGUAGACGCCACGCUGGGCCGCAGGGGGAAGACCCUCUUCAUCCCGCACGGCCUGCCCCGGCCUCCUCCCCCUCCUCUUCCUCCCCCGCUGAAGACCACCAGGGUGCUGGGCCACGCCGGAGGAAGGCUGGUCGUACCCAACACUGGCAUUAGCCUGCUGGUGCCCCGCGGAGGGAUAGCUGAAGACACGAGCUGGGAGAUGUACAUGAUCAUCAACCAGGAGGACAGCAGCACGGGGCCAGAGGACGAGGACGAGGUCCUGCUGAGCCCGGAGGUGACCUACGGCCCCCCGGGGCUGGACCUGUCCUGCCCCGUGGCUCUGUCGGUGGCGCACUGCGCCGACCUCAGCGGCCCCGCCGACGCCACCUGGGCCGUCCGUCUGAAGAGGAGGACCCCGGAGAACAAGUGGGAGGAAGUGAUGUCCAUGGACGAGGAGAGCACCUCCUGCUACGGCCUCCUGGAGGCGGAGCGGUGCCACCUGCUGCUGGGCCGCCCGGGCCGCUACGCCCUGGUGGGCCGGCCCCUGAGCCAGGCAGCCGCCAAGAGGCUGAGGCUGGCCGUGUUCGGGAGCCCCGACCUCAGCAACCCGCUGGGCUACAACCUGAGGGUGUACUGCGUGGAUGACACCCCCCACGCCCUGCAGGAGUUCUCGUUCGCCCAGGUGUGGGGCCGGGACCACCACCCGCUGCAGUGUGCCUUCUCCCUGGAGCGCCUCGGUCCCCCGCCCACGCCCCCGCAGCUCUCGUGCAAGAUCAGCGUACGGCAGGUCAAAGGUCGCGAGCAGAUCCUCCAGGUGUACACGCCGGCGGCGGAGAGUGAAAAGGGGCUGAUUCCUCUCUUCCCCCGGUCCCACUGUCCCCUCACCUCCGAGUCGGGGUCCACCGCCUUCAAGAUCCCGUCCAUCCAUCAGCGCAUCUGUGCCACCUUCGACUCGGCCAACUCCAAGGGCAAGGACUGGCAACUGCUGGCCCAGAAGCUCCACGUAGACAGGAACCUGAGCUACUUUGCCUGCCAGAGGAGCCCCUCAGCGGUCAUCCUCAGCAUGUGGGAGACCCAGCACCAGACCUCGGGGGACGUGGACUCCCUGGCCUGUGCUCUGGAGGAGAUCGACAGGGCCCCGUCACCCGGGACACUCACCCCACUGGGCAGGGCAGCGACCGGCCAGACUCUGGAUUCUCUUAAAACACAAAACGCCCCAGGGGGGGCGGGGGCAGGCCUCUGUAGGGGAUUUUUAAGUUGCAUGAGCUCUGGUGAGGUUCCCGUGGUGGAGCUACAGGAGGCGCAGGAAGAGGAGGCGCAGUAGCAGCGGUGGUGUUGGAGCCCGACUAGCGGUUCCGCCCAGAGGAGGGGUUCCCAGGAGGAGGAACGCCGCCGUGAGGAAGGCAAGGGACAGACAGACAGGGAGAUCCUGGAGGCUUCGUUCCGCCUGUGGUGUCGGUCACUCCGAGCUGCGCGGUGCAGCCACAGGCAACAGCUCGGAGGAAGAGAAGGAACGCUGAGCUUCUUCACUUUGUAUUCGUGUCCAAACAAAAAGAUAAUAACCUUUGCUUUGGUCCCAGCGCAACACCACGCUCGGACACGGAGAACGCUGGAGCAGCAGUGCCAACGCAGGCAAGGAAGAGAGGGAAGAGAGGGCUUCCCUCGGGGGGCUGGGACGGUUCAAGAAUACUAAGAAACGCGUGCAGCUCGGACCGCCUCUCACUGAGCCCUGAGGACCGACCAUACUACUUAUUUCUUCGGGGGGGUCUGCCAAAAUGUUAGUGUUUUAUGUCUCUGGUCGUAUUCUUUUCACUCAUGUUUUAUUGCGUUUUUCCCUGUGUUUCUAAUGUUACAAAGACAGGGUGAAGCUCUGCGAGACUCAUCGACUCAGCUUUGAUAGUAAGUUAAUCCAACGAUUCAUCCGAUCAUCAAACACUAAACAGAACACACAGUGAGUGAAACUGAAAGUGAAAGACCGUCAGAGGGAGGGGAUGUGUGUGAGCAGGGAUUUUUGGAAGCACUAUAAUAUCAUCUUGCUGUAAAAAUAAACAGUUUCUCUGACCAUGGGAACAUACACGUACACCAAAUGAAAGGCUCUCUCUCUCUCUCACACAUACAUACAGACACACGUACAGAAAAACAACUCUCACACAGGAAAGCGACACACACACAGGAACAAAACAACACUUUAUCUCUCUCACAGGAACACACACACACCCACACAAUGACAGCUCUCACAUACACAAAGAAACGCAAACACACACACACACUGACAGCUCUCAUACACACAGAAUCGCACACACCAACCCAAACAACUAACUAACUCCGAAUGUAGUCUUACAUACAUAUCCUGUUGUUGUCAUAAAGUCGUAUUCUACUGCAGAUUAUACCGUUGGCCGUCGCUUUGCUUUGAGAUCUUUUUGAUCAGUACUUUUCCGAUAUGAGUGAGUGUUACCAUGCCAUUGUUUCGCAGAGGAACACCUUGUGUUAGCCCUCAUCGGGAUUCUACUUUAGAGGAGCCUCGCUCAGAUCCCCUUCCAAGAUGUGGUUUCUCCUUGGAGAUAUCUCUCCUCCGAUUCCCCCCCCCCCCCAAACACGUUCUCCCACCCCGAGGCAGGGCCCGGUACCCCUGCAGAACCCUAACGUAUUAAGACCAAUCCCCCAAUUUUAAUCCUAAAAAAACUAUAGCUAACACACCUGACGUACCAAACCAAAUUGACCAUGUCGGAUAAAAAGUUGGUUGUUCCUUUAAAGCUAUACCAACCCUGUAAACCGAUGCAUGCACAGCCUUCUGCCUCCCCCGGCCCACUCCCCCCCUCACACACCCCACCGUUGUCGUUUCGGUACUUUUGCCAUGUGGUGACUUUGGAAAGAUAGGCUGGCUGAACUGGAAUUAAUGUUUUAUUUUAAAAAGAAAACACAAAAAAAACUCUUCUGAACAGUUAUUCCUGUUGUGUCUGUGUCCAAUGUGGUCCAACAACCUUGAUGAGUAACCGUUUCAAUAUUAAAAACAAUGGUUUUAACAUC